AUGACGACCAAGCUAGAAAGACGCGGUGGAUCGCAGGCCUUUUACGAAUCAUUCGACGAUGACCUGGCACGAUAUAGCCUCCUCGCAUUGGGCUGUGCAGCUGCCGCUUAUUACGUUUGGCAGCUUUCCCUUCGAUUCUCUAGUCACUUACGAAGACUAUCAACCUUUGGCGACGAUAGGCAGCGUUACUAUGUCUCAGCUUCGGAGAAGUUGUCGUGGUUCAAGACCCAUUUGAUCUAUGCUCCUCUGUUCCGAACUCGUCAUAAUCGCGAAUUUCAACUCUCAGCCGCUGUCAAUAUGGGAAACCUGCCCAGUCGUUUCCAUGGCCUCUUGGUUAUAGGACUUGUCGCGAUGAAUGUUACUCUUUGUGUGGUCACCGUUCCAUAUCGAUCUGAAGAAGACACUGUAGCAGGUAUCAUUCGCAACCGAUCUGGUACCAUCGCCACCGUCAACCUCAUUCCGCUUGUCCUUACUGCCGGCCGGAACAAUCCUUUGAUUUCUCUAUUACAUGUUCCUUUUGAUACGUGGAAUCUUCUGCACCGAUGGCUUGGACGCAUUGUAGCCCUCCAGGCCUUGGUGCACACUUUUGCAUGGAUGGUUCCCAAAGUUCAGGAAGGUAGCUGGAGUGUUGUUGCUAUGUCCAUCAAGGGAAGCAGCUUCAUUAUGUCAGGAUUAGUGGCUACAUGCUGCAUCACUGCUCUUUUAAUACACUCACCGUCUCCCAUUCGACAUGCAUUCUACGAGACAUUUGUUCAUCUUCACUUCGCCUUGGUUGCCGUCUUCAUGGCAUUCCUUUGGGUGCAUUUGAAUGGAUUUGUUGCGAAGAACUAUUUGAUUGUUGCCCUUGUAUUCUGGGUACUGGAGCGUGCCACUCGUCUUUUCACCCUUCUAUACCGCAAUCUUGGUCGUCUUUCUACCUCGGCUACUGUGGAAGCGAUGCCAGGAGAUGCCAUGCGCAUUACCCUACGUAUGGCGCGACCGUGGAAAUUCAACCCGGGUCAGCACCUAUACCUCUAUAUUCCAGCAGUUGGGUUGUGGACGUCGCAUCCGUUUUCAGUCGCCUGGAGUGAAGCCGAAGAGAUAAGCCCAGAUGAAAAGGGGUUACCCACCGUCCAGCAAGAUCUCCUUCGAACCACCGACAAGACAACUGUAUCACUAUUAGUUCGUCGGCGUACCGGGAUGACCGACAAACUUUUCAAACGAGCCACAAACGCCAUUGGAAACCGUGUUACUUUACGAGCAUUCGCAGAGGGUCCCUAUGGAAAUAUCCACUCUAUGGACUCAUACGGCACUGUUAUGCUAUUCGCAGGAGGUGUUGGAAUCACACAUCAUGUUCCCUUCGUCCGACAUCUCGUCGAAGGAUUUGCAGAAGGCACGGUAGCCGCACGUCGCGUCACUCUUGUGUGGAUCAUUCAGUCCCCUGAACAUUUAGAGUGGAUCCGACCGUGGAUGACCAAAAUCCUGGCCAUGGAUCGCCGUCGUGAGGUACUUCGCAUCAUGCUCUUUGUCACUCGCCCUCGCAACACCAAAGAAAUCCAAAGCCCAUCAGCUACCGUCCAAAUGUUCCCCGGCCGGCCUAACAUUGAUACCCUUGUUGGUAUGGAGGUAGAAAAUCAAAUUGGAGCCAUGGGAGUUUUGGUUUGUGGAAAUGGCAGUCUGAGCGAUGAUGUGCGCCGCGUUUGCCGCAAACGCCAAUCUGCCUCAAAUGUCAAUUAUGUGGAGGAAAGCUUUUCGUGGUAG